AUGAUGCGGUAUCGAGUCCUUACUGUACCUGUUUGUGUUCACAUGCAGACGAGCGAUUCAGACAGCGGAGGCCCUCAGCGUCGGCCCCCAACGCCGUCCCCCAACGCCGUCCCCCAACGCCGUCCCCCAACGCCGGCCCCCAACGCCGGCCCCCAACGCCGGGCCUCAGCGUCAGCCCCCAACGCCAGCCCUCAGCCCCGCUGGCCCUCAGCGCCGCCGGCCCCCAGCUCCAGCCCUCAGCGCCGGCCCCCAACGCCGGGCCUCAGCGCCAGCCCUCAGCGCCGGCCCUCAGCGCCGGCCCCCAACGCCGGGCCUCAGCGCCGGCCCCCAACGCCGGCCCUCAGCGCCGGCCCUCAGCGCCGGCCCUCAGCCCCGGCCCUCAGCGCCGGCCCUCAGCGCCGGCCCCCAACGCCGGCCCCCAGCCCCGGCCCCCAGCCCCGGCCCUCAGCCCCGGCCCUCAGCGCCGGCCCUCAUCCCCGGCCCUAG